AUGAAGUUGGUCAAAUCAUUAAUCAGAUCAAUUAUUGCAUCACCAAAACAACUCCAUUAUGAUUCAAAUUUAAACUUGUACUUGGAUUUGGCAUAUAUUACACCACAAUUGAUAGUGUCAUCAGCACCAACAACAACAUAUCUUGAAUCAUGGUAUCGAUAUCCAUUGACUGAUUUGAUUACUUAUUUGGAGACAAAUCAUAAACAACACUGGCAUUUGUUUAAUUUUCGUGGUGAAGAUCCUGGCUACAAAGAUGAAGAUGUCAGAUACAAAGUUAGUCAUUACCCAUUUCCUGACCACUAUCCACCGACUAUGCUGUAUCUUAUUGAUGCGACUACCGAGGUUGAUCAAUUUUUGAGUGAAAGUGACGAAAAUGUGGCAGUGUUGCAUUGUAAGGCUGGUAAGGGUAGACUGGGUACAGUGUGCUGUGCUUACUUGAUGUUUUCGGGUACAAAACAAGGGCUUGCAACCGACGUUGAAAGUGUGAUUGAAGAAUACACUGAGAAACGGAUGCGCAAGUUUGGCGGGGAUGGUGUUAGCAUAGUGAGUCAAAAGCGGUACUUGCAAUAUUGGUACGAAUAUUUGCAAACUGAUGGGUUGAAGCAGCAGUAUCAGCACUGGCUCAAGAACCAUGCCCAUCUCUUUAUUGACAGAAUCGUCUUUCGCAACUGCAUAAGGGAGUCACUACCAUUCAGUAUAUCUCAAUACAAACUAGUGCAAGAAACUAAUAGAAUCAACACCAUCGUUGAGCCACUUCUUCUGCAAAUUAGCACGGAACUGGCCUAUAUUAGCAGAGAAGGGCAAGAUUUAAUCUACAUUUUUCAAGAUCCCGUUGAAGUGGGAGAGGAUGUAAUGAUUGGUAUUGGCAGUUUUAGCUACUUAUGGUUCAAUACCUUUUUUGAACAUGUAACCACCACUACGCCAUCAUGUUCAUUCCCAUGGAAGGGUAUUGAUGGGUUCAAAGGCACUAAACAGCAAGGUUUUAGAUUAUUUGAUAGAAUUGAGAUUCAUUUCUCUAUAUAG